AUGUCAAGGUUAUUUUCAUUUGCAAAGAGAAACAAGUAUGCAUUGAUAGCAGCAACAGGUGUUACAGCAUGGGGUACAACAAUGAUGUAUAACUUUAAUCCAGUUCAACAUGAAACUACUCUAGAUAGAUACAAUAGAAUCAAUCAAAAAAAGGCAAACGAUAUCAUUAGUAAAGGUUCAUCAGAUGAUGUUCAACAAUACUUUAAUGCUUCUUCUUCUCUAUUGACUCGUGAUCAACAAUUACAGAGAUUACGUAAUCUAUCAACAACAAAUCAACAACAACAACAACAACAACAACAACAACAACAACAACAACAACAAGAAGGACCAUUAUUGGAUAUGGUAGUUAUUGGUGGAGGUGUAACUGGUUCUGGUAUUGCAUUGGAUGCUGCUAGUCGUGGACUAUCGGUUGCAAUGUUUGAACGUGGUGAUUUUUGUUCUGCUACUUCUUCAAGAUCAACUAAAUUAAUUCAUGGUGGAAUUAGAUAUUUAGAAUCAGCUAUAAUGAAUUUUGAUGUUGAAGAUUUAAAGUUGGUAAAGGAGGCAUUAUCAGAGAGAUCAAAUCUAUUGAAUAAUGCGCCACAUCUUUCACAUCCAUUACCAAUUACAAUACCUGUUUAUAGUUGGAUUGAUCUACCAAAGAUGUGGAUUGGUACUAAACUAUACGAUUACUUUUAUCCUGGUAACGAUGUUCCAUCAUCACACUAUCUCUCCAAAUCAGAGACAAUGAAACAUUUUCCCUACCUAAAAGAUGGAUUACUUGGGUCUAUUGUCUAUUAUGACGGUCAACACAAUGACGCUAGAAUGGGUAUUUCAAUUGCCUUGUCUGCUAGUCAACGUGGUGCUAUCACUGCCAACUAUACAGAGGUGGUUGGUUUCACUCGUGUAGUAUCAAGUGACCCAAAGAGUACAAUCAAUGGUGUAGUUGUAAGAGAUAGAUUGACUGGUGAACAAAUCAAUGUAAGAGCAAAGGUUGUAGUUAAUGCUACUGGACCAUUCUCUGAUUCAAUAAGAAAAAUGGAUGAUCCAAAAGUAUCAAGUGUCAUUGCAGGUGCUUCUGGUGUGCAUCUUAUCCUACCUUCUACUCUUUGUCCACCUGAUAUUGGCUUCUUAAAUCCAAAGACAAAGGAUGGUCGUUUAUUAUUUAUUCUACCAUUUGAAGGUAAAACUAUUGCUGGUACUACAGAUCAAAAAGCUGAUAUUACUUUUACUCCAAAACCAACAUCUGAAGAAAUUAAUUUUAUUUUAGAGGCAAUUAAUCAAUAUAGUAGAGAUGAGAAAUUAAUUGGUAAAGAAGAUGUAUUGGCAGCAUGGUCAGGAGUUAGACCUCUUGUUAAAAAGGGUGGUUUGGAUGGCGGUCCAACCUCUAAAAUCAACAGAAGUCAUUCUAUUCUUACAAGUCAAAGUGGUCUCAUUACUAUUGUAGGUGGUAAAUGGACUACUUAUAGAUCAAUGGCAGAAGAAACUGUAGAUAAAGCAGUUCAAUACAUUAAUACUUUUACUCGUCGUGGUUGUCACACUUCAAAUCUAUUGAUUUUUGGUGCUGAUAAAUAUUAUAAUGAUUUAUAUAAAUAUUUAAUGACUGAAUUUAAUGUUGAUGAACAAGUAGCCAAACAUUUAACACAUAGUUACGGAGAUCAAUCAGUUGGAUUAUUAAAGUUGGCAAAAGAUAGGGGAUUGACAAAUAGAUUAGUUAAAGAAUAUCCAUAUAUUGAAGCAGAAGUAAUUUAUGGAAUCAGGGAAUACGCAUGCACUGCCGAAGAUAUUCUAGCACGAAGAACUAGAUUAGCCUUUUUAGAUAACCGUAAAUCAUUAGAGGCAUUACCAAAGGUUGUAGAUUUAAUGGCAAAUGAAUUGAAUUGGAACAAACAAACAAAAGAAAAACAAUUAAAUGAUACAAAAGAAUUCCUUCAAACUAUGAUUUAA